UUUGUGAAAUCUGGUCACACUGGAUGGAUGAAGCAGCUGUUUUUGGGGCUAGCCGGUUUUGUUUUUAUUUUUUAUUGCAAAUCCAUAGCGUUACUACCAAGAUCAUCAAGUUGCCAAAUUAAAGAUGAUGCCCACCAAGUCUGAUUCACGUCGACGACUCAAUGCCGGAUUACACGUGAAUGAUGAUUGCAAGGAUUAUGUCAAGGUCUCGAGUGGAGCUAGCGAGGUUGAUGGCUUUAUAAAUGAACAAUGGGUACCACCCAGUUCCGCCGCGGAGGAGCAGAUACCGUGGAAAACCAUAUUCAUAAUAUUCACAUUAUUUGUAGGCGGAUCCAUUUGCAUCGGUUGCGCCACUUACGAUUGGCUAAUGGAUGUGAAUCAGGAGCGCUCUGAUCGCAUCUGGGCUUUGCUUAUCAUUGGGGCCCUAACCAUUAUUCCUGGUGGUUAUUAUCUGAUGGUGUUAUCCUGCAUUUUAUUACAUCGUCGUGGCUAUUCCAUGGAUGAUAUAAGACGCUUGGGUUAAGGAUCACAAAUUAGUUUAGUUUUAGAUUUUUGUUUAUUGCGAUUUCAUUUACUACAUUUUCAUUGGCAUAAUUUGUCUCAACUCUUGUCCAAAGUUAAAGCAACAAUCUUUAUAUUUAAUGUAAUUAAUAUAAGUUAUAACUCCAAUAACUGUUUUUUUUUUUGUUUUUGCUGUGUUGUAUAAAAA